UCCCUCGUCGCGAUGCCCUCUCCCUUAAAUUCGCGCUCUACGCGCGCUGUUUGGCGUCUUUGCGCUGCCCUGAAAGGUCUCAGUGGCUCGGUGAUCACCGUACUGGGUGCAGUUAGCGCCGGGGGCUGCUGGCCCAGCCCUCUACCGGGGUCAUUCCUACCUUCUAGGUUUGCCGGGAUCGCUUGCCCUCCAGUCGUCUCCUCCACCAGUAUUACAGAUUGAAGAAUACUAACAACUAUGGAAUUACCACUCCAAUCAAAAUAUAGAACGUUUCUGUCAUCUCAGAAGGUUAUUUCAUUCUUUGUUCCAGUCUCCCCUCUCCCACCAGAGACUUUGAGCUGCUGAUGUUACAUACAGUAAAAUAUUGGAGCAUAGAGUUGAGGAAAAGACUCAAGACAGAUUAUGUGACUGAGUGAAGCAGUGAAUACAUUUGACUUUUCCUAUCUGUGAAAUAAUGAUAAAUUAUCAUUCAUCCUUCAUAAAUGACACUAUACCUCCAUCAUGAUAACAUGAAAAGAACCCUGGAUAGAGAAUCAAGAGACUUGAAUUUUAGUCCUUGCUUUGUCAUUCUCAGGUGACACCCCUGGAUGUUGUUAAAAUUCGACUCCAAGCCCAGAACAACCCAUUUUCCAAAGGAAAAUGUUUUGUAUAUAGUAAUGGACUUAUGGAUCAUGUAUGUGUUUGUGAAGAGGAAAGCAACAAAGCAUGGUAUAAGAAGCCAGGAUGUUUCCGGGGAACCUUGGAUGCCUUUUUGAAAAUCACUCGAAACGAGGGUAUAAAGUCACUGUGGAGUGGCCUUCCUCCUACCUUAGUGAUGGCAGUUCCUGCCACAGUUAUUUAUUUCACGUGCUAUGAUCAAUUAACUGAUCUUCUGAGAAGUAAAUUAGGAGAAAAUGGAAGCUACAUACCAAUUGUUGCUGGAAUCGUGGCCAGAUUCGGUGCAGUAACUGUGAUAAGUCCAUUAGAAUUGAUUAGAACCAAGAUGCAGUCUAAUAAGUUUUCUUACAAGGAGCUGCAUCAGUUUGUCAGCAAGAGAGUGUCUGAAGAUGGUUGGAUUUCCCUUUGGAGGGGCUGGGCCCCCACUGUUCUUAGAGACGUACCGUUCUCAGCAAUGUACUGGUAUAACUAUGAAGUUUUAAAGAAGUGGUUGUGUGAGAAAUCUGGCUUAUAUGAACCAACAUUUAUGAUCAGCUUUACUUCAGGGGCAUUGUCUGGUUCUUUUGCAGCUGUUGCAACUUUACCAUUUGAUGUGGUAAAAACACAGAAGCAGACACAACUUUGGAUGUAUGAAAGUCAUAAAAUACAAAUUUUAUCACUGGAUUGUUGGGGAGGAUGUGGAGCUGUGGGAACUUCCACACGGGCAGUUUCUAUGCCUUUGCAUAUGUCAACCUGGGCUAUAAUGAAGAACAUUGUUGCUAAGAAUGGGUUUCCUGGAUUAUUUUCAGGCCUAAUUCCCCGUUUAAUUAAAAUUGCUCCUGCUUGUGCCAUUAUGAUCAGUACAUAUGAAUUUGGAAAGGUUUUUUUCCAGAAACAAAAUGCUCGCAAACAGCAAUACCAGUGAUGCUGCUUCAACUUGAAAUAACAACCAUUGCCAAAUAAUAAGAUGGAGGCUGUUAGGCAAGAAUCUUUUCCACCGUUAUCUUACAAUGAUUUUAUAUCUUUCCUGUAAUUUAAAUGAAUAGGAAUUUGUACUUUGCCUCUAAAUCAUAAUCCUAAUUUUAAAAUAAAUUAUCCUAAUUUUGAGAUACUGAAAAAGGUAUUUCAGAAAUCACAACCAUUGAACAUUUUUAUUAAAAAAAGAAAAAUUAUCUUAGCACUGAGAGUUUGGUAUAGGUUUGGGAUUAACUUAAUCUUAUUGGGAGUGUCAGAUACUCAGAACACUGAAUUGUCUGCUGACUGGCGUACAGGGUCUAGAAGAAAAAUGCCAAGUCUUUAUACACAUUUAAAUCAUGUACAUAGGUAUUUAAGUAUUUCAACAAAGUACAUAAUAGAAGGCGUUCUUUAAAUAACACAUAUACCAAAUAUUAUGUAUUAGUUACUCUUUUAAAAUUCAAAUGCAUUAAGUGUAGGUUUUGUUACUGUUUGAAGGCUCCAUGUGUAUUAGGACUUCUUAAAUCAAAGGUAUGGCAAUUUUUAUGAACCAAAAUGUAGUCGUUUGUGUGAUGCAGAUGCUGCUGUUUUUGAUGACUGAAGAUCCUGUAUUAUCUCCUGUUUCUGCACAAGAGGGAGGUUCUACCGAAUGUAUUAAAUGUUCUCUUCAAAAACUUGGGUGUACAAUGGAAAACCACAUUGUAUUUAGACUACUGAAAAUGUUUUGGCACAGGAAAGUCCUCUCAUUCCAGCCAUGUUGUAAUUCAUGUAUCACUGGCAUUCUCUAGAUGACUCGUAUUGCUUUGUUCUAUCAAAUUUGAUAUAUUAAUACAAUAUCAGUCACACAGUAUUUCCAAAAUUUCCCUCGAUGUUAAGCAUCUUAACAGUAUGCUAGACCAAGAGACUAAACAGGCAGUAGUUUCCUUGAAGAAAUAGCUUUUUGUCACUUAGGCUAAUGACUAAGUAGCUUAACUUAUGACUAGGAAUGAAAUAAAAAGAAUAUAAUCGCAGGACAGGAAAUGAUAAUUUUUUUUAAACUGGUUUGAUUUUUCUGAGGAUAUACAUACUAUAAGAAAAAGCACUUUAUUGCGGUCUGAGUUUUAUGAAAAUGUGAAGCAUUUUUUUCCCUAAAAUAGGUAAUAUAUUUAGGUAAAAAUCUUCUCAAGUGUUGCUAGAGAAAUUUAUUUGUAUUACAGUAGAAAAGAGUUUUUAUGUUUCACCAGAAAUAAAGCUAUGUAAGAUUUGUAUGUAACUUUUUGUGUUUUUAUCCUGUGUUGAUUUACCUUAAAUUUGCAACAUACAUAUGUAUAAAAAUAUAAGUAUUUGAUUUUAACUUAUAUUUUCAUUACAAUGUUUUAUAAAUUAUCACUGUGCUUCUAGGUAAAUAUUUUCAUAUAAUGUGUGUCUGAACUUUUAUCUUGAACGUUGCUGUUUAACAAUAUUAAAUUUAACUUGGUUUUGCUACGCUUCUUUUUGAUAACUGAUUGGUAGAAAAAAGAACAAUUCAGAUUUAGAACUAUGCUCUCAAAAUGGAGUCACAUAUUUCAAUUUACAAUCACUUAAAAAUACCAGAAGAGAAACUUCUACCUGUACACGCCAGUACUGACCGCACUCGUGGACAAUUACCAUUUAUGACUCAAAUAAUGUAAAUCUAAUUCCCUAGUAGUUUCUCCAACACAUAUUACAUACACUGUAUCUGGAUGGAAAAAAAGCUUCAGCUUUCUUUAUACUUAAGUGGUAAAUAAGCAUUAAUGUACUUUGGUUAAAAAAAAUUAGCAACCAAAAAGGGAUUGGCUAGGAAUUGUGUUCUUGGUAAUGUUUCUGAAAGGAAGUAGUUUCAUUUUAUUAAUGAUAAAUUUCCUCACAUGCAUAUUUAUGUAAAUUUUUAAAAAGAAAUGUCUUAUUCAAGUAUUGUUUGCUACUUUUCAUAUAAUACAUAUUUGACUUUUGAAAAGAGUUGAUAUGGAGUUAAAUUUUCCUUUUAUUUCUUGGAAAAUUAUUCACUAAGUUUAUUUAAUCACAUAGGACUCCUUUAAACUUUAUCCUCCCAUUCUUGGGGCACAAAUUCCAGAGAUGUGAAGAAUUUUAGUCUAUUAUUUUUUAUUUUUUUUCCAAAACGAACUUUUAAAUAAAUUACUGCUCUUAUAUUUUAAUGUCAUUCAAUACUUGAGACCUUUUAUGUGGUAGGUAGGCAGUAUAAAAAGCACUGGAGAUAAGACGUUUUAGAAACUCACUGGCCUCAAGGAAGUUUCAGAGCUAUGAUUGCUAGAGGUGUGCCAGUGAUGUAAUUGAAAAGGUCGGGUAUAUGGGGAUGCGGUAGGCAGGCAGAUUGGAAAUGUAGUCAGAGGCAUUGUGUGCCAAUGGAGAAGAAAUACGGCAACAGGAAACCAAGGAAGUAUUUUUGGUACAGCUCUAAUAAUUAAAGAGUUGUUAAUAAGGUGGUCUGUUUUAAAACAAUCUAAAAGCUUGGUUUGGACUGAAAUAUAUAUUUUAAAAGGUACCAUGGUGCCAUGAUGACACUGUUAGAAUCUUAUCUUUCCCUUUCUAUCAGUUAAAAAGAAGAAACACCAAAGCUAAAUAGAAGCUGCUUUGCCUACAUGGAAGAGCAAAGUGAACUAACUUUUAAAAAUUUAGGAGCCCUGAUGUUCAGAGCAGUAGUCAUGUGAUAUUUCAGAGGCAAUCCAAUGUAUGAGUUGAUUAAAAUUAAGAGAUUUAACCUAAUGAUAGGAACUUUAGCAAAGAAUUUCCUAAGUUGUGAGGCAUUUUUAACCACUUGAAAACUUGUAUGUAAAUCUAAUAAAGAUGACUUAAAUAAAAA